GCGGCGGGCGGAAAGCGGAAGUGCGGCCGUGAGGGGACCCGGGGGGGGGCGGCGGCGCGACCCCCCCCCCCCCACCCCACGCCGGUACCGGCGUGGUGAGUCCCGAACCCCCCCGGAACCACCCCCGAAACCACUCGGAACCAGCCCCGAAACCACCCCCGAACCCUCCCGGUACCGGCAUGGGAUGGCCGUGACCUAAGCCCGGAGCGAUGGAGCGGCCCCGGUACCGGGAGGCGGCGCCCGGGGGGAGCGGGCCCGGACCCGGGGGGGGCCCCAGCGCCGCCUGGAACGGGACCUGCGGCCGCCCCCCCAAUGCCACCGGUGCCACCAGCGCCACCGGUACCGGCACGGCGGGGGGCGAGGACGACGAGAGCGGCGAGCGCGACAUUUCUGUCCCCGGGGCUGGCGGCGUGCGCGGUCCCGGGAGUGUCCCCAACACCGGGGGUGUCCCCAACCCUGAGGGUGUCCCUGAGAGUGCCCCCAGCCCCAGCAGUGUCCCCAACACCGGGAGUGUCCCCAACCCGGAGGGUGUCCCCAUUUCCAGGACUGUCCCCAACACCGGGAGUGUCCCCAACUCCACGAAUGUCCCCGGUCUUGAGGGUGUCCCCAGCCCUGAGGGUGUCCCCAAAUCCGGGAGUGUCCCCAACCCUGAGGGUGCCCCCGAGGGUGCCCCCAACCCCAGGAAUGUCCCCAAACCUGGGACCCCCAGGAGUGUCCCCAACCCUGAGGGUGUCCCCAAAUCCGGGAGCGUCCUCACUCCUGAAGGUGUCCCUAACACUGGGAGUGUCCCCAACCCUGAGGGUGUCACCAGCUCUGGUGGCAUCCCUGGUCCUUGGGGUGUCCCCAACCCUGGAAGUGUCCUCGGCUCCAGGAAUGUCCCCAGCCCUGAGGGUGUCCCUGGUCCCGGGAGUGUCCCCAGCUCCAGGAGUGUCCCCAACUCUGGGACUGUCCCCGGUCCUGAGAGUGUCCCCAAACCCGGGACCUCCGGCAGUGUCCCCAACCCCAGGAGUGUCCCCAGCCCCGGCCGUGUCCCCUCCCCCGGGGGUCGCUGCGGCUGCCGGUGCCCCCCGGCCGCUCCCCCGAGCCCCUCCCGGGACCUCCCGUGCGGCCUCGGCUGCCGCCACCGGCGACCCCCGGAGGACCCCGGCGCCCCCCGGCGACAACGCCGCGACGACCCCGGCGACACCGCCAGGGGACAGCGAGGGUCCCUGCGGGUGGCCCGGGCGGGGGUCGCGCUCUGCCUGCGCCUCCUCGGGGCUCUCCUGGCGCUGCUCUUCCUCCUCCUCCUCCUCCUCCGCUCCUUCCUCCGCGGCGCCUCCGCGGGGCUCCGCCGCUGCCGGGAGCUGCUGGGCGAGCGGUUCCGGCGGCGGGCGAGCCGCGGAGGUGGCGGUGGCGACAGCGAGGAGGAGGUGACGCGCUUGGUGACAAUGGCCGAGGUGGCCGAGGAGGAGCUGGACCCGUUCCGGGUGCUCGGCGUGGAGCCCACGGCCACGGACACCGAGCUGCGGAGGGCGUACCGGAGGCUGGCGGUGCUGGUGCACCCCGAUAAAAGCCGCGACCCCCGGGCGGAGGCGGCGUUCAAGGUGCUGAGGGCGGGCUGGGAGCGGGUGAGCAGCCCCGAGAGGCGGCGCGAGUACCAGGCGAAGCAGCUGGCGCAGGGGGAGCUGGCGCGGGCGCUGGGCGCGUUCCUGGGCCGGCUGCAGGAGGAGCUCAGGGACGCCAUGGACGCCAUGGGCUGCACCCGCUGCGGGGGACGCCACAGGCGGUUCCAGCUGGACAGGGACCCGCGCGGUGGCCGCUGGUGUGGCCCGUGCGGGGGGUGGCACGCGGCCGAAGAGGGUGACCUGUGGGCAGAGUCCAGCCUGCUGGGCCUCAAGGUCACCUACCUGGCCCGCAUGGACGGCCACAUCUACGACGUCACCGAGUGGGCGGGCUGCCAGCGCGUGGCCAUCUCCCCGGACAGCCACCGUGUCCCCUACCACCUGUCCUUCGGUGCCAGGACAGCCACGCCGGCCGGACGCCAGCGGGCCCCCCCCAAGGGCAGCCCCCCGUCCCCCGCUGACCUCCAGGAUUUCCUGGCCCGCGUUUUCCAAGGAAAUCCAGGCCCAGAGGCCGGGGGGGCUUUCCCCGCCCCACCCGGGGCUGCGGGACCCCCCCAAGGACCCCCCCAGCCCCAGGGGGGUCCCCCCAGGGGGGACACAAAGCACAAGAGGAGGAAGAAGGGGCGGCGGCCGCUGCCGCGCUGAGGAGACUCCCACCCCCCCCAAAAAAAACAAAAAAAAAAAAAAAAAAGGGCUUGGAAUAAAAAAAAUCUAUUUUUUUUCCUUUUUUUGGUGUUUUCUAAAGAAAA